AUUUCCCUCCAUAUCCCAUUCUUGAAUAAAAAUGAAACACCAAAUUUUUAUUAUUUUUAUUAUCCUCCAAUUUUCAAUUUUAACACUAUCUCAAACAACCCCUUCUGGUCCAACAAACAUAACACAAAUCCUAGAAAAAGCAGGCCAAUUCACAACAUUAAUUAGACUAAUGAAAGUAUCACAAGUUAGUGAUCAAAUCAACACACAAUUAAACAAUUCAAAUCAAGGCAUGACUGUUUUUGCACCAACAGAUAAUGCAUUUUCUAGCCUAAAAUCAGGCACAAUAAAUUCAUUAAGUGCACAACAACAAGUUCAAUUAGUACAAUUUCAUGUUUUACCAAAUUUUAUUUCAAUGUCACAAUUUCAAACUAUUAGUAACCCUUUAAGAACACAAGCUGGUGAUGCUACUCCCGGAGACUUCCCGUUAAACGUAACGACGUCCGGUAAUCAAGUUAAUGUCUCUACCGGAGUUGAUGAUGCUACUGUUUCUAACACAAUUUAUACUGAUGGUCAGCUUGCAGUUUAUCAGGUUGAUAAAGUGCUUCAACCUAUGAGUAUCUUUGCUGCUCCUUCUCUGGCAGUGGCUCCGGCUCCGGCGACGUUGAAACCAAAGAGCAAGUCUCCGGCAGGAUUGAGCCCUACCUCCGGCAAUGAUGACUCGCCGGCGGAUAAUUCCGGUGUUGAGAAGAUUGCCAUGCACGGCACGGCGGUUUUGGUUUUUGGAAUUUCUUUGUUUGUAUUGUUGUAAAUUUUAGAAAAUGAACGGUGAGGAUUCAUUGUGAUUUUUUUGAUGAGUUGAUUCAACGGUUGUGAUUCAUUUGAAUAAUUACUAUUUCAUUUUAAAUUCUUUUUUUUCAUGUAUUUUUUUACCUUUAU